AUGCUUCGCGGGCUCCCAGUCGCGCGCCAGGCGACGACCUCCGCAAGUCGCGGACUCGUUCGCGCGACGCGUAGGCGUCUCGCGACCGAAGCCAAUGCUUCCACUUCCACCACCACCGUAGCGCCGAAGAAAAAGUCUCAUACUAUUCGCAACAUAAUCAUCCUCACCAGUGCUGGUGUAGGCACCUUCUAUGUCGGCAGCGCCUUCGUCUCAUUUCACGUGCCGGAGUACCGCACUCUCUUCGCCGAGAACGUCCCCGGCGCCGUCUCUGUGCUCGACUUUGGCGAGGACCACGACUGGGACACUCUCACCCCUGGCGACGUCAUUCUCGGCGCCCAGAACGCCGGCUUGAACGCGUACGAAUUCGUGCAGCGUCUGAUCGGCGACGCGGGCAAUGCGGCGGACAAAGUCAAGGCUCUGACGGGCGGCGCGGUCGAGACGGCGAAGGAGAAGGCGGCAGAGGCCAAGGAGAAGGUCACCGGUGUCACGGAGAAGGCCGGUACGGAGGCGCGGGCCGGUGUCGCGGAGGCGAAGGCCAAGGCGGCGGCAGCGAAGGAGAAGGCGGCCGAGAAGCAGCGCAGCGUCGUCGACUCGCUCAAGACCGGCGUCUCUAUCUCAGAGUCCAAGGUGCCCGCCAGCGUCAAGCACACCGCGAACCAGAUCUCUUCGGCCGUUGCCGAGCUUGUCGCCGAGGCUGAAGGUGCAUUGGCCCGUGGUACACCUCGCGAUCUGCCAGAAGCGACGACUACGCCCGACCAGCCCGAGCCUGGAUUACCAGAUGCGCUCGGUCCUCGUGUCGAUGAACCUGUGGACCCGAACGUCUAUGCUGCACCGCUGCCCAUCGGAUUCGAGCCUCCUCCGGGUUACAAGCGUCCUACGCCGCCCCAGCCCGCGAAGAAGGCUGAACCAGUCAAGGCGGAGCCUGCACCUGAACCCCUCCCACUCGUCGCACCGGCUAUCACUGCUCUCGCUGCCGCAAAUGACGAGCCUGUCUUGACACAUCUGGCUGGCACCAUUGACGAUCUCGCCGCUUUCCUCAAGGCGCACCCCGCCGAAGCCGACAAAGCCCGCAACGUUCUCGACACUGCUACCACGGACCUUAAGCAGCUCGCUGCGGACUUCGAGAAAGCUCGUGAGGCGGAGCGUCAGAAGCUCGAGCAGAGCCUGGACGAGCAGGCUCGGGAGUACUCGUUGAAGAUCUUGGAGGUUCAGCUCGAGGCGGGCGACAAGCUCGAGCACCAACAGGAGGAGUUCCGUAACGCGCAGGCGCAGGAGCGUGCACGACUUGCUCAGGUGUACCGCGAGAAACUUCAGCAGGAGCUGCUCACGCAGAGCGAACUCAUCAACGAGCGGUUGAAGGAAGAGGUCAUUGCGCAGGGUAUCGAGCUUCAGCGCCGCUGGAUGCGUGAAGUCCGCAUGCGCGUCGAACAAGAGCGCGGUGGUCGCCUCGCUAAGCUCGACGAACUUGCGGCCGGUAUCAAGAAGCUGGAAGCUGCUACACGGGACAACUCGUCAUACCUCGACGAGAACCUCCGCCUUCACGCUAUCUGGUCCGCGUUGCGUGCAUUGGACGCCGCCGCACAUGCCCCGGCAAGGAAGCCGUUCCGCGAUGAGUUGAGGGCACUGAAGGGGCUUGCGGCCGAGACGAAUGAUGGUGUCGUUCAGGCUGCGCUGGGUGCUCUCGAGGCUAGCGAUGCACCGGAUGUUGGCGCCGAGCCUCUCGGCGAUCUCGCACGGUGGUUCUCCACCAGCGUCGCACCGGCUGUGUCCCGCGUCGCUCUCGUCCCCGACGCCGGCGCUGGUGUACUCAGCCACCUCGCCUCCCACGCUUUCAGCACUUUUUUCUUCCGCCCCGGUUCUGCUGCAGCUCGCGAGGGUGAUGAUGUGUUGAGCACGCUCGCCAGGGCGGAGGGUCUGCUUGCGCAGAAGGACUUGGAUGGAGCUGCGAGGGAAUUGAACCAGCUUCAGGGCACGCCGAGGGUGUUGUUGAAGGAUUGGUUGGAGGCGGCCAGGAGACGACUGGAGGUGGAUCAGGCCUUGAGGGUUGUUCAGGCGCAGGCGACGCUGAAGAGUUUGCUUGUCAUUUAG